UGAGUUUGCUCUAAAUCGUACAUUGACGCUCGAAAUAGGCCUACGAGAAUGGCGACCAGGGAUGAAACUCCAGUGGCGUGGAAAGUGUUGAAAGACGUUAUUGACGAAAGAAAAAAUGUGCAAGAGAUGAUGACACUCCAAAUAUUGUCGUGUAAUUGUUUUGGGGGUUGUCAUUUUACAGAUGCGUUCGUGACAACGCAAGAGAAGCUGAGUAUGUUUUCAAAGCUUUCCCCUUCUGGUGAGAAAGCAAACGGGUUAUACUUUCAACAUGUAUGGGACAUCCCGAAACUUUCUAGGCUGAUUCAUGAAAAACAGCGAGAAGAAGAAGAUACCAGUUGUAUUCAAUCAACUAAACGACCUAGAUUAUUAAGUGUCGAGGAAAAGAAUGCUUACGUGUGUUUGCAAACUUAUUUGAAUGAUAUAGAUAUCCACCAGAAUAGUCUUGAGAAAGUGUUAGAUGGUGCAACAGCAUGCUCCAAGUCUGAUGUUGUGAAAGUUGUUGACGCUCACCUAUUUGGACCUCUGAGUGGAGGAAACUGUUACAUUGAUAAUCACAUGGAGAGUAGUGCAUGCAGCUGUGGAUGUGGCAAACAACUUAAGGGUGGUCCUACAGGCCUGGGAGUUGAAUACACCUGGCAUGGUUAUGCUGACAUGUUUAUUAACCAGACUGUACCUGUGGCAGUGUGGUCAGAACAGGAACAGCCAGAACCGGACAGUUAUAUACCUGAUUCUGAAGAACAAUGGCAGGGUUUGCCAAGUGACAUACAAGAGGUUGAAGUUAAAAAAGUCAGAGAUGUAUUUCCAGAAACCAAUCCUAAAUCUGCUGCUUGUAGUCGGUUAAUGGCCCAGACAAUUACCAAUGCUUUUGCUCAGGUAAAUCAAAAUGAGCAACUUGCAGGGUUAGCAGUCCCGGCAUUUGGUUGUACUCCUUCAAACUUAAUGUUUUAUGCAUAUGAUUGCAAAAAUGAUGUACUUCUCCGGAAAAUAUUUGGAGUUAACUUUGUUCAUAAGCAAUCUCUUGCAGAAGCUGCUGUCUUGGUCUGGCUACAUUUGAAUUUUACAGUUUUUAUGAAAGAGGAUGUAACAAGUAUUGAAGCACAUCCAGAGCUUGAAAACUUCAAAGCAAAAUUUUGCAUCAAUGACUCGAUCCGUUCAUGGUACAAAAAUGUCAGAGUUGGUGAAAAAGUUACAGGACUCCAACACUCAUCUAGAAAUGAAACGCAUGUGGAAUUGGUCACUACAAGAGAAGUCAAAAUCGAUUAGUUCAGGGCGGCUACAAACUUUCUAAAACAAAUUGGAUACAAAUGUCAAAAUAAAUACAAUGAUAGUUUCAAUUUCUUUUACAAAUCAUUACCAAACAGUGAUCUAAAACAUUGCAGAAGUAACUUCAGCUUUGGCUGUUGUGAUUAACGGGCAAUGAUUGUGCCGGUCAUUAAUAAUAAGUUGAUACAUGUAUAAGUCAUUAAAACAUGGCUAAAGAUAGUAUCGGUCAUUAAUACACAAA